AUGUCAAGCUUUGCUGCAGUGGACGAAUUGACAGAGUCUGGGGAUGAGGGUGGUGAGAACCUUGGCAAGUCCACGCCAAGACUUUCUGUGCCUCAAGCCAGCUCACGGCGCAAGAGUUCAAAGCGAAAACGGGAGGAGGCGUCCGCAUGCUUCAAGAAGCAGCUGUCCAGCGAGGAUUCUUUGCGCAAUUUGCUAGCAAAGGCUUGUGUUCAAUGCAACCACCGGUGCUUGGAGAAGUUCAAGUCAUUGUCCAAGUUCAAAGAGCUGAAAGAAUUUCGGGAUGACUGGGUAGGACUUGACAAGCUGGAUCAGGACCAGCUGGCCUUUGAUAGAAUUCGAGGGAUCCUGGAAGAACCUCGGGAUGAGGGUGUGCCUCCAAGGUGGACUAUCCUUAAUGUGCAGGUUUGCUUGCGUGCUUGGAAGCGGUUACAUGCCUUAGGUAGCCACCGAUUCGGCAAACUACGGGAAGCUGUGGAAGCUGGACGGCAGGGUCCACCGUGUGAUAUGCGGUACUUGCGUGCCCCCAAAGCUGACAUGACAGGCGAGAGCAGCAAGGGUCGGGUUGUGACGUUUUUGGAACAAAUUUACACAUCACAGGCUGAGACCCUGCCAGACUUCCGAGAUACUUUGGGUGACUCCGAUCUAUCUCAUGGAUAUGAACUUGAUGUCACUGUGAAGCACCAGUUCCAUGACGCUUAUGGAGAAAACGUGGGCAAGUCCGGCGAGAAUAAGAAGACCAAGUGUCGCCAAACCUUCCGUUCGAUUAGAAUAAACCCAGAAAAGUUGAAGAAUCAAGAAGUGCGACACUUGCCGCCUGGUUCCAUGAAAGACAUAUAUGAGCAGUUUUGCAUUUCUGAGCCUGAAGGGGCGAAGGUUGGCUUUGCCACGUUCUGGCGAACGUGGCGGUCCGAGUUUCCGAAUCUUCGGUUUCGCCCAUACAGCAGUCAUGCGAUUUGCAACGAAUGCAUCCAACACAAACUCCUUGUCAAGGACCUCUCCCACCACAUAAAGGCUCGAAGCGCGCAACAGGCGCUGUACGUUCAGCACCUGGACGCGCAAUAUCAGGACCGACUAUCGUACUGGAAGUCACGAUCCUUGUCUCGGAUGCAGAGUGGCGAGUUGGUGACAAUAAUCGACAGCAUGGAUCAAGCGAAGUUUGCAUUUCCAAGAAGCAGCCUGUUCCGCACCAAGGACUUGAACAAAUGUCAGAGAGGGCGGGCACACGUGACAGCGGCCAUUUGUCAUGGUUUCAACACCUUACUGACAAUCAGCCCACCAGAGCUACCAAAGGAUGCCACGACGAUGAUCGAAAUUCUUGCCCACAGCAUGACAUUGGCCCAGAGACAAGGGGCGCAGCUGGAUCAAUUGUGCUAUGUGGUGCAGAAGGGGUUCAUGACACCAGCAAUGCCGGUCUUUGUCAAAGGCAUGGGUGGCCGGGGUCCAGAUUCCAUUGUGCAGGAUGACCUCUGGCAUUUGCCUCCACACCCUCGCGAUGUCAUUCUUCAGACCCUCAGUUCUCUUGCUAGGUUGCAGAAGCAAAAUAAUGCUCGAGAAGGUGCAGACUAUGUUGUGGGGGCUCGGAAGGACAUGGCGCUUCAAGCUGCUGCAUUAGCCUGGAGUCAGGGCGUUCCAUGGGCUGAGGCUUUGCUUGAUGGACGAGAAGUGUUGGAUCCGAGGUGCUGCUACCUCAUGAUCAAGGUGGCGGUGGUGCUGUCAGUCAAUAAGCAGGAUGUUUCGCUCCUUGCCGAGGUUUGCAAGAGGGACCCGGACAGUGCCGAAAACGUCCGUGAGACAUGUACCAAGCUGCUGCGAUUCGGAAUAUCAGGAAUUGGCGAGUCAGUGAUAGAUCUGGGCGUGGUCUUGACACAGGCACGGGUCAAGGCCCGAGAUGGUUCGUGGGACGAUGUGGCCACCAUUUCGUUGGCAAGCCUCGGGGUAACUCCUGUGCCAGGGAGGUUUUUAACCAACAGUGCCAUCCCUGGCACAGAGCGGAUAGCAGUGACAGCUCCAGACAGUGCUUUCAUGGACUCAGAGUACAAGGGUUUGCCGCGAUUUGCUGGGCCCAUUCAGUGUGGCUUAUGUGAAGGGCUGGAGGAGAUCCGUAGCAUGUUUGAUAUGCUUGGAGGCGAUCAGGUGCCUUCAGGCAUCAGCCUAGCCAGCACCGCAACGAGAAAGGCUCCAAACGCAUUCAACUUCCUGAGACAAUUGGAGAUCAUUCAGCGAGCCACCAAGCAGAGCGCUGAAGCUGCGUUUGAGGUGAAGCUUUUCCUCUCGCGGCUGAUUGCGGACUGGGACAGGAAGCCUCCUGAAUUGAGGACACAGUGGCUGUACAAGGACGCAGUAGCUCUUCACUCUGCAAGUGGCUUCUUUGUAUAUCUCAUGAACGAGCUUGAAAAGAAGGUGCCAAAGAGUGACUUUUUGAACGCAAAGGUCAAUCUGGAGGCCCAAUUCAUGAGUGGGUUCCAAGAUCCGGAGAUUCUUCAUUUGCUGCAAUCCACUGUUCCGCCAGUCAACCUGCGGGAUGUUUCCUUUGUGCAGAAUGUGGUGGUGGCGGUGGAAGCACGGGUGCAGAAAGAAGUGGAAACCAAGAAUGCAGAGCUGGCUGCAAAGGUUCACGCAGCAACACUUGAGCAGAUCCGGCAUCAAGUGAACAAAGACCUUGAUGUGUUACGGGCACGCCUCCAAGGGAAAGAACAAGAGGCCUUGGAAUCGAUGAAGGAUCAAGCCUACCUCAGGGAGAAGGGGCAAGCUUUCACCCAGCAAUGGAUGGAGGACAAUUGCAAAUUGAUUCGGGUUGACCAGUCCAUGAACAAUGCCAUGCCAGAGGUUGGGCGCUUCCUCUCCAAGGUCAGCAGCAAGCGAACGCUGGUUUUGGCCAUGGCAGAUUGCUCAGUGUGGCCUUCUAACGCGACCUAUCUCCAGAAUGCCCUCAAUGUUGUGAAGUCUAUUGCGAACCUCGGGCCCACCAAUGCUGCAUUCGCAUUGCUCCCAUUGCAACAUGCUGCCAUCCAUUGGCAAGCGUUGCUUAAGCACAGAAGAUCAUUGGAAGACAGUCUGGCCAGUGGAGGCUUGGAUGUCCUCAACACCGUUUCCGUGAUGUUCUCCAAGCCCAAUUCGGCUGGCAACGACAAGCGCAGACCUUGUCAGCAAGCCAUCUUCUCCACUACAUCCAGCACCCAGACUGAGAACGUUUGGACUUCCUCGAGUGGGUGGGUGUCUCAAGCAAUUGGUCCAGUUCCACUGGUCAAAAUUGCUGAGAUGAUUGGCUAUGAUGCAGAGGCACUCUUCAAAGAUGUUCCUUUCCUCCCAGACGACACCGUGGUGCUUCUUGACGUGAUCCCAAACAAGCACUGCGAACUGGGUCGGGCAGUUGUUCAGCGACUUCUUGUUGACAAGAAUCGGGACCCUGCGCUGGUGUACUGUGGGCUCAUGUUUGAGAAGGACGGCCAGGAGGCAGAUGCGGCUCUCCAGAAGAUCAUCUAUGAUUUGUGGGACGCUGAUCCAGAGUCGCCUCCCAAGCGGCGCGAGCGUGAGGAUUUGCCAGACCCUCAUUUAGAGGUUUUGGCAUGGUCCAAUGGAGUCUGCCGCUUUCCGGAGAGUCUCUUCAACAAGUUCACCCCUGGCACCAAGAGUUACGUGGAACUCACCGAGUUGAAGGAGGAGGUGUUGAAGGUUUGCCCCGAAGCAGCGCAGGCAGAGACAGGUCCAAGUGGUGUCUCCACAGCGCCGCGUGCUGGUGGAAAGCCAGACUUCACCAUUGAGGGAGGGAAGGAGCCCCUUGAUGUUACCAGGGAUGUGGAUCUGCCUAUUAUCAGCGCCGCAGACUUCAACUUUUCCAGGGGCAGGCCAUCGUUGUUUGUCACCCCAUCCAUGGAGAUGUUCAUUGGGAACCCUACGAAUGAGAAAAUGACCUUGAGUGGAUGUGAGAUUUGUGGAUUCAACACUGGCACUUUUGAGGAGAAGAUCGUGACUAACAUGGGUGAGUCAGAGACCGCCUGUUUGCCCUGGCGGUUGCCCGAUGACUUGGCUUUGGUAUUGAACUCUGAGCGCAAGCUGUUGAGCUUGGCGGACUUCAUUCACCAAGCAGUGACCGUGAAUGGCCUGGCUGAGUUUGAACUUCGUGACCAUAUCUUGACUCCAAAGCAACUUCCACCAGUCACGUGGCUGAGUUGA